AUGUCGGGCCUGGACUAUUGCGAGAUCGAUGAAGACGAGGAGGAGGUCUUCGCGUAUCAGAAGCUACGUCGCACGCACCACACCUACGGCUUCGCGCUGAACGGCCUCGGGCACCUGCUUACGGGCUCAAAGUACCAAAGCGGUUAUGUGUACGGCGCGCAGCCUACCGACGCCUUCUUCCGUUACGAUCCGUCCUCCGAGGUGUGGAGUGAGCUCGAUCCGUUCCCGGGCGGGGCGCGAAGCUACGCCAUCGGCGACGUGCAUUUGGGGCAAAACAUGGUCUACUUUGGAUUCGGGCGCGACUCCGUUGGGAGGGCGCUGGGCGACCUGUGGCGCUAUGACGGCGAGGGAUGGGCGCAGCUCGCCUCGUGCCCGGAUGGCUGCCAGCGGCUUCAUCCCGCCUUUGUGGCUCUGGACACGAAGCUGUUUGUCGCGGCCGGGAGCGGCAUUUACGGAAACAUCAAAACCGCAUGGUCGUAUGAUAUUGAGCGCGACGAGUGGGAGCCGCUCCCGGAUCUGCCUGGGGAUGCGAGGCACCACCCGUACCAGUUUGUCGCCGGCGGUCAGCCGUACGUCUACGGUGGCCACGGGCGCGCGAUUUACACGGACUUGUACCGUUGGGACUUUGACACGGCGACUGGCGAGUUCUUACAGUCGGUCACGAAGCGCGCUCCCGCCCCUGGCGAAGGGAGAGUCGCGGGGACGCAGUUUAGCGUCGGAAAGUAUGGGUACGUACUGAGCGGGGACGGGAACGACCACGGCUCGAUGGUGACGGGCGAGUUUUGGCGGUACGAUCCUGACGCGGACGAGUGGAAGGCGCUGCCCCCGCACCCAGGCGCUUCGCGAUGGGCGCCCGCCUCGUUCGUGCUCAACGGCCACGUCUACUUUUACAACGGGCUGGACCGGCUGCCGGGCCGGAUGUCCUUUUACCCGAGCGACUCCUUCCGGAUCCGCCUCCCCGCCUGA